AUGCUUCGUAGCCUGAAUGAUGAUAUUCUUCUAGUAAUCGAUGAUAUUAUCUUUGAUCCAUCUCGGGUAUGGAAAUGGAGAAGUGUUCCUCUCUGUUCUUCUGAUAGAAUAUCUUCUAAAAAAAUUAGGAUCCAACAUAAUAUAUCGGCUAAAGACUUACUUAUUGAAACAUUACUGAGAGAGGCAUCUACUAGCAAUAAUUCUAUUGACUUACCCGAAAUUCUUCCAGAUUUUUUAUCUCUAGUUUAUAGUGAUAUUAUUAAGGAAAAGAAUGAUGUUAAAGAACCAUUGGAUGUUGAUACUAAUAACAAACAAUUGUGGAUUGCUUUCGGGCGAUGGUUAGGUUUAAAGAGAUCAAAAGGACCACUAAGAAGGAAGCAUGUGCAAGAACACCUCAGACUAUUAUGGAAAAAACUCCAGCAUGCUUAUGUUGAGUUGCAAAAUUUCUUCAAUAUGGCUACUAUACGUAAAAGUCAAAAAGAAAAAACACAGCUUAUCUAUAUUACAGACUUGGGUUACCAAAUAUUAAUUCACUUGGAGCAACUCAAUAAUCCAAAUGCUGUUACAACCGCAUCUAAUAUUGUAAAUUGGUACUAUUUCCAUUUAUUAGAAAAUCUAUCAUACCGAAGUAAAGAAUUUUGGACCAAUUUUAUUGAGCAUUUUGGAGCUUAUACAAGAACCAAUUUACUUCUCUUUACAAGCUCUAAUACUGCGAGUAUACAUAAUAUUAAUCAUUAUGAAUGCGUCAGUAAAUUACUUCGGGGUCUUAGAAAAUUAUCAGAAAGUAUCAAUCGGUUUCUUCAAGAAUAUUAUGAUGAUCAUGAUGAACCAAAUAGUCUGUAUAUUUUAGUCACACUGGGAGAUUUCGAAGGAGGAGAAUUAUGUUUUUCUCAAUUUCAAGUAGUUGUACAUCUUCGGUCAGGACAAGUAGUAGCAUUUGCAUCCCGUCUAUUGCUCCAUAGUAAUUUUACAGUUACAAAAGACAUCUGGCAUAGUAUUGUGUACUUUGUGCAUGAUAUAUUCUUUUAUAAUUUAUGGGAUUUUGAUCCUACUUAUCUUGAGGCUAGAAUUGAGAAAGCUAAUGGACCAAUAGUUUCUGAGCAGAACCUUAAUAAUGCUCAAGAUUUAAACUAUCGUAACCAACUUUUCAAACCAAAAGCAAGCCAAAUACAAAUCCUUUUCACUGUCUUUGAUCGUAGACAAGGAUAUAUAA